GAAUGUUUCAUUCAUAUGCAAAGUGGCUAAUAUAAAGCCCUCACUCUAGCCUCACAUCGCUAAACUAUCAGCCCCGUUUGGUUUGUACACAAAGCACAAUAGAGAAGACCCAAUAUUGCGUCUUUCCUCAGCUUUAUUUCCCGGAGCGAGCGGUUCCGGACGGCGGAGCACCCGGUUCACAAUGGCCCCCGCGGCCAGACUCAGAAACGACUUCGGUGGUGUGGAGGACGACGCAUAUUAUGCCGCUAAAGGUGACAGAAAGACUCGAAAACCAAUAGUGGAGAAAAAGAGGCGAGCGCGCAUUAAUGAAAGCCUGCAGGAUCUCAGGACUCUGCUCACAGAUAGUGAUUUGCAGACAAAGAUAGAGAACGCAGAGGUGCUUGAACUAACAGUGAGACGAGUUGAGAACAUACUACAGAACCGCUCUCAGGAGGCUGAAGCUGUGAAUCAGGAGGCCAGCGAGAGAUUCGCAGCGGGUUAUAUCCAGUGCAUGCAUGAGGUGCACACCUUCGUGUCCACGUGUCCCGGGAUCGACUCCAAGCUGACCUCAGAGCUGCUCAACCACCUGCUGGAGUGCAUGCCCUUAAACGAGGAGCACCUUCAGGAGAUGAUCCUGGACCUCAUCUCAGAGCCGUCCUCCUCCAGCGGGGAGUGUGUGUCCGACCUGUCCUCAGCACUGUCCCCGUCCCCGUCCAGUGAGGACCUGUGCUCCGACCUGGAGGAGAGCGAGAGCGAAGCAAGCUCGGCCAACUCCUCCAGCAUCACACACUCCGAGGUCGUGUGGAGGCCGUGGUAGAAAGAUCACAAAUCUUCCUUCUUCAGAAUACACUUAAUCCUGUAUUGGAGCAUAUGCUGGGAUUCUUUUGUCAUGAUUCAGAUUCUCAUGAGGAAAUGGCUAGAGCUUUAGGAUUUAUAUACGCACAUAAGCAGGAUAUGACAUCAUCUUACGGAAGAGUAUGGAAUUUGACGGACUUUGACAUAUUUCCGGAUGCUUUUCUUCAGUUUCUCUUCAGAAACAAGAUGACUAUAAAAGCUUAUUUAGAAGUGAAUUUUAGAUUGAAUUGCCUUAAAAAAGUGAACCGUAAUGACUUAUAUAGAGUUUUAGUGGGGAGAAAGAUUUGUUUUGUGCCUUUGUAACCUAUAGUUAAAAAACACUAAAAGUCACAUUGAGAGACCGAGUAGAUUAAGUGUAGUAGUUAUAAAGUAUGUUUUUAAUAUUGUGUACUUUAGGGAUUAAAAAUAUUAAUAAAAUAUAUAAUUUAAUUGUACUAUAAGUGUCAUAGUAUCA